GGCACGCAGCAGGCUUGUUCCCUCCCGCUUGCCGUCCGCACAGCAUGGCGGUCGCCGUGUUCCGGCUCUGGCUAGACCUGCAGCCGUGGGUCAGGACUCUGCGUGCCUUCUCCACCGCGGUAUCCCCGACCACUCAUGCUUCCAGGCCUGGCCUGCGUACAACAGAAAGAACAUCCAAAAGUGAAAGGCAGCUGAGAAGAAAGGCACUGCCUCCUAGGACAGAGAGAAUGGCUGUUGACCAGGACUGGCCUAGUGUUUACCCUGUUGCAGCACCAUUUAAACCCUCCACAGUACCUCUACCUGUUCGAAUGGGUUAUCCAGUAAAAAAGGGCGUGCCUAUGGCAAAGGAGGGAAAUCUGGAACUUUUAAAGAUCCCCAAUUUUCUGCAUUUGACUCCUGUAGCUAUUAAAAAACACUGUGAAGCUCUUAAAGAUUUCUGUACUGAAUGGCCAACUGCACUAGACAGUGAUGAGAAAUGUGAGAAGCAUUUUCCAAUUGAAAUUGACACAGCUGAUUAUGUUUCAUCAGGACCAUCUAUUCGAAACCCCAAAGCUCGAGUAGUAACCUUAAGGGUGAAACUUUCCAGUUUGAAGUUAGAUGAUCAUGCAAAGAAGAAACUUAUUAAACUUGUAGGAGAACGAUACUGCAAGACCACAGAUGUACUUACCAUCAAAACAGAUAGGUGCCCUUUAAAGAGACAGAAUUAUGAUUAUGCGAUGUAUCUACUAACAGUUUUAUACCAUGAGUCUUGGAAAACUGAAGAAUGGGAAAAAUAUAAGACUGAAGCAGACAUGGAAGAAUAUAUAUGGAAAAAUAGUGCCUCAGAAAAAAAUAUUCUGGAAACGCUUCUUCAAAUUAAAGCUGCUGAGAACACAGAAGUAAAUACAGAAGAGCUCCUUGGUACUAAAGAAGUUGAAGAAUACCAAAAAUCUGUUGUUACUCUUAAGAAUGAGGGGGAAAAUGAAACUACCCUUUCUCAAUACAAAGAAUCGGUGAAGAGAAUAUUAAAUUUGGCAUGAAUGAUGAAGUAGAAAAACCUGCUUUGAUUUAUUAGUUUUAUGAUAUAUGUAAUCAAUAUCUAAUUUGAUAUAAAAGUGAAAAUGUUUAAAAACCAUUGUUUUACAUCAGAGUUAAAAUUAUCCCUUUCAUUCUACUAUGUGAUGACAAUGAUUAUUUCCAAGUUUUUUAGUUUAUGUACUGGGUUAAUUAGACUAAUCACAGGAUCUCUGUGAUUUCUCUGGUUCUAAUUUUGAUUUUAUUUUUGCAUAACAACUUUGAUAUUCAUACAUUUACAUGUAUUUAAGUAUUAUUUUGUCACCUGUCACAUUUCUUUCCUCUCAGAUUGGUAUUUAGUGAUUGCUUUUGAAAAAUGAUUUGGUUAUUUGGAAAGCUAGACCCAGAACCCAGCCCCUUCACUUGUAGCUCAGUGCUGUUCCCAUGCCUAUUAGCCUUACAAUCGAGCUUACACUAUCACCAAUUCUGGGUUGAAACAGAUCCUCAAGAGUACUUUCUAAUCCAAAAAGUUUGUUCAUCUCUCCCUUUAAGGGUUUUUAUGUUGUUUCAACUCUGUUUAGCAUUCUACGUUCUAUAUUCUAGAGGUCAUUUUGCCAGACCCAAGUUAGCAGAAAAAUACAAGUGGAUAUUAACUGGUAUUCAUCUCUCUGGUGGCCCAGUUAGAGAUGCCACAGCUUGAGAAAGAGGUAAGGAAUAGGACGUUGAAUUUCACUGGAGUAAGUGGCAAAAUGAAAACUGCUCUAAAAAAAUCCCAUUCAAUUUAGCUUCAAUUUGGUCUUUGGUUUUGGUUUUGGUUUUGGCGCUGGGGUUUCAACUCAGGGCCUCCUGCAUGCUUAAGUAACAGCCCCAACUCAGUACUUUGAAGUAUAUCUGCGAGUCAUCUUUUACCACUUCCAAAAUUUUUAAUGGCCAAUUAAUUUAAAAUCACAGUGAAGGAAUUAUUGAGAGUUUACUUGUCCAAUGGAUGUAUUUUGCCUAACAGAAUUAGAGAAUAUAUAUGAAAGUCAAAAGUAAUUUCAAACCAAUUGUCUAAAAGAUUUGUAAAAUGAAAGUGUGAUUUGGUAGUAGUAAACCCAAGAGUCCACAGGUUAUAAAAAGGAUGAAAAUGUGACCUGGAGUACAAAAAAAAAAAAAAAAAAGCAGUAUGUUUUGUUCCAUUGGAUGGAGACAGUGAAUGAAAUGCAAGACAGAUAAAAAUGACUUUUUCAAUCAUGUUAGAGCAUACUUGAAGAAAUAUAUAAAAAAUUUGUGGUAUAAAGGAAGACAUACAGACAGGGUUUAAAAAGGAAAUAUUUUGAAAGAAAUAGAAGCCAAGGUGGUGAAAAUUUGCCAACAUGUCAAGAGGCAUCAGUUAGGGUGUUGUAAUCAUUCAGUGCGGAUGAAAGGAAAUAGAGAUGUGUAAUGAAGAAUUUGAUCUUGCCAAAGACAGAUCUGGCCUUUGCCCUCUGCCUCUGGGAGGCAAUCUAAGUCGUACCUAUUAGGGGUGUCUUUAUUUUGGGUGGGAGCCAGCCCCCAAAGAUCUGAGGGUGGGGUCAGCCAUGCCAGAAAGACCAACUCAUGAUUCAGGGGGCAGGUUUUGAGUAACAUGGUAUCAGUCCACCUGGCAGCUGAGACCAAGUACCCCUGCAUUCUAAUCAGUUAUACUUGUGUGAUGGAGCCCCAAUAAAAAGAUUGGACAUGAAAGCUCAGGCAAGCAUCUCUGGUUAUCAGUAUUCUGUGCAAUUGUCACCCACUGAAACUGGGACAGCAACGUGUCCUGACUUCAGAGGGAGAAGUCCAGAAGAAAUUUCCUGGACUUCAACCUGGUGGGGUCUUUAGCCCCCUUGCUCUUUCGACCAGCGACAAGGGAAGGGAGCACUCCCCAACAAGGCCAGACCCAGAAAGGUGGGGCCGACUGACCACCCCCACCCAUCCCUCUGGGCGGAGGACAAUCAGACACAUCAGGGAGACCAGUCACAGCAGGAACUUGUUUAUUGAGGAAGUCACUCAGCAAAAUGUAGGGUGAAGCCUAGGCGAGAACCAAUCAGCUUAAAGGUCAGCAAGGCAUGGGGGGGUUCACGCAGGUGAGAGUCCCAUAGGACUAUAUGGCAAGCACCAGCUGAUCACGUUCACGGAACUGUUGUUAACCAAUCCCUGACGGUGGUCUGAUUUAUCGUCAUUAACUUUUGAAACCGCCUUUGAGGCCGUGAUCUUGCUCACCCGCUAGGAAGUAAGGAGUCAACCUGAGUUAGUUAACGUGUCAUUAGUCCCAUCAUCAACCUAUGUGCUUCUCCCAUGAGUGAUUUUAACCUGUGCUUUCCUUACAAUACACCACAACUGUGCAAGUAGUAACUUUCACUGAAUUCUGUUGUUUUUCUAGUGAAAAAAAAAUUUUUUUUUGUACUGGGGAUUUAACCCAGGAAUGCUUUACCACUGAGCCACAUCCCCAGCCCUUUUUAUUUUUAUUUUAGGACCUUAUUUGCUAAGUUGCUGAGUUGCUUAGUACUUAGUUGCUAAGGCUGAGGUUGGUCUAGAAUUUAGAUUCUCUUGCCUUAGCCUCCUGAGUCGUUGGGAUUACAGGUAUGCCCCACUGUGCCCAGCUCUCCAGUGAUUUUUUUUUUUUUACCUGAGGGUGGUUUUGCACCCCCAAACUUACAGUUGGUGUCAGAAAUGAGGACAGUCUUGUAGAGGACUCUGUUCUCUCAGCCUUUUCAGUUUGCCAACUCCAAGUAACUGAUCUGAAUGCUGGGGUUGCAGACAUUUACAAGUUAAACUGCCUAAAUUGGGUAUUGUGGCACACACCUGUAAUCCCAGCAACUGGGGAGGCCGAGCAGAAUGACUGCUAGUUUGAGGCCAACUUGGGCAAUUUGGUGAGGCCCUAAGCAACUUAGCAAAAUCCUAUCUCAAAAAACUUG